AUGGAGCAUUCGUCUCCCCUAGCUGCGAUGCAGCCUCCCUCCGUGCUCUUUGGGCACUGCUUUCGUUCGGACGCAUCAUCUUCCUGUGGGUCGUUUGGGGGAAUGAACAACUUUGGUCCCAAUAGCUUCAAUUUCAAAGACCUGUCCAUGAAGAAGUCGCAUUCGGACUACUUUUCCGUAAAGCCCAUUUCUGGCUCGUCUCCGGCAGCCAGUUUGGCGGCGGACCUGUCUCAGAACUUCCAUAUCGAUAAGAGUCCUACAGAAGAGACGAUGACGACUCCGCCAUUGCCCUCGUCAUCCCCCGCUGGAUCGAUGGACAUGAUGGACAUGUCUCCUCUUCCUCACAAGGUCCCCUUUAACCUAUCAACGGAUGUUCAGUCUCCCAGCCGGGAACCUUCGUCAGCAGACUCCUCCGGGCCCAGUCCCCUGCAAGAGUCUCCGAUGGAAGAUACUGAGCCGAAUACCCCGCAGGAACGAAAACGCCAUAACGUGCUUCGUCCCUCGUUGGCACGGACCAAGGCCCAUUCGGCCCAGUUGGGUAUUCCUAGGCCUGCCCCGGAAAGUCAGUCGCCGCCAUUCAAAUUCGGAAAUGGCAGUAGCAACCUAUCUACGUCCAUGUCCCUGGAAGAUAUGUUCGAUGAGUCUCCGCAACAGGACAGAGUGAUUGGGAAAAACGGUUCUGGCAACUUGCUGGGCCCUCGCCUGAAACCACCAUUUGGAGGUCGUGGCAGUGGUUCCCCGGGUCCUGGUCCCAUCCGGAAGAGUUCCAACCCUUUUAUGCGACCUCGCAAGCAGUGCCGGAGGUCUCUCAGUAUGUUUGAACACCCGGACGAUGUGGUGCGUCAGAAGGAGUCGAACUCCGCGUCAGAACCGAGCUUGCAGUCGAUUAUCGAUGUCGAGCCGACAUACGAGCUGCAGCUGCCGCACUUUAUCCCGGAGGACCAGCCUGAUAGCCUACCUCGGAUCGAAAAGAGUAUCUUGGUCGAUAUCUUGGACGGCAAGUACAACGAUCGUUUUCAAAACAUUAUGAUCAUUGACUGCCGCUUCGAGUACGAGUACGAAGGUGGGCACAUCAACGGGGCCGUCAACUACAAUGACAAAGAGGCUCUCGCCGAAGAGCUGUUCAGAAACCCGAAGCCUGGCACAGUUCUGAUCUUUCACUGCGAGUAUUCCGCCCAUCGGGCUCCCAUCAUGGCGUCUUUCAUCCGCCACAAAGAUCGUGCGUUCAAUGUUGAUCAGUAUCCAAAAUUGACUUUUCCGGAAAUGUACAUCCUGGACGGCGGGUACAGUGCAUUUUAUGCGGAGUACAGGUCUCUGUGCUUCCCCCAGAAUUAUGUGGAAAUGACAUCCAAGGAACACGAAUAUGCAUGCGAGCGAGGGCUUGGAAAAGUCAAACAGCGAUCGAAGUUCAUCCGAGCGCAGACCUUUGCCUUUGGGGAGCGGUCGCCUGAGAUGGAGGACAGCCCGACUGGCCGGUGUCGAAACAAUGACCGCAGUCGCAGCCUUGAAUGUCCCUUUGGAGAGGGGUCAGAAUCAGGUCGCCUUGGCCGCCGCAUGCUCUCCUACUAG